GGGUCCUCCUCCCGGGGACAUCUCACUCCGGUAUCCGUUCUUCUCUGCCUCUGUCCCCGAAGGCUGGCUAGCAAACCCACGUCGUGUCUGGCCUGGCAGACAGUGAGCACCCUUUCAACCGUAAAUGCCGAUUUUUCCAGCGCAACAAAAGCGGAUUAUUCACGAUGUUUUCGGCAUGGUGUAAAACCCGCGGAGAAAUAUUGGUUUUUACCCCAUUAUACUGGAGGACCGCCCGUGCUUCGUGAAAACGAAAAAAGGAUACAAUGCAGCAUGCAUGUUUUGCAUUCUUCGGGAGUACCACACCGUUGGUGUGAAUGACUUGUGGCUGUAGGUAGGGUGUCGUGAGUGGGCCAGGUUGCUGCACAGCCUCCGUGGCUGACUGGGAGGAGUCGAGUGGAGAGCAGACAUCAGUGCCCAGGGGACCUGAGGCCUGGUUCUCCAUAUGAGGCCCUGCUGAAAGGGCAGGGGGGCUUCUGAGUGUGCCCAAGGGCCGUUGAAAGCCCCCUUGGGGGAGUUUCGUAAAUAUACACUGAACAAGAAAAGACUCCUGGACUAUUGUUAUUGUUUUUACACACUUUCGCACUCACACACACACACACACACACACACACACACACACACACACACACACACACACACACACACACACAUACACACACACACAGACAAGGACAUAGAGAGAAUGUUGGAGGUCCAAGAGGAGAGGCCAGCGGCGGCAGGUACAGCAGCGACACAUUUCACCAAGAAGGAGCGAGGGAAGAAAGAGCGAGAGGAGGCCAAGGACGGUCGGGGAAACCUCUCGAACAUCGGGAAUCCUGUUCCUGGCUCAAGGAACGUGCGCGCAAAAGCGCCGCUCACACACACAGGCAGUCCUCACCAGCUCAUCACUCCACCCUGUUCCGUAGUCCUAGGAGCCCCAUCAAUGCACUCCAAUAGGCUAAAGAACUCCCCGUCCACCAACACGCAGAGCCCUAAACCUAAGACGGAGGCCAUGGUACGAUCACCUCCCGUCAUGUCCCCCUCCACUGCCGCCCAGAUGGACUCUAAAAUGCCCAAUCAGGGGAAACCAGGGAGCACUGGCAGCCAAUCACAGCCCUCACCCUGUGAUCCCAAGACCCUGGGCACUAAAGGGGCUCAGAAUGUGGCAGGGGGCAUGGGGCUGAAGAAUGGCCAGGGCUUGACCUCUGGUCCAAGCUCCAAGGUUAAAGUCAAAAGGGAGAGAAGCACCUCAGUGGAGUCAUUUGAACAGCCAGAGAGCGGCACACCCACCAGUGAAGAAAAAGACAGUAGCAGGGUGAAGAGGAUGUGUGUGGCAGAGAGGAGGCAGCCGUAUAGUGGAGCUGACUGGUGCUCUGGGGGAGAAAGUGACGAAGAUGACAAAGGAUUCUUCAACUGUAACUCCAGUGAUGUGAAGCCCCAGGACUCAGUCACACAUUCUACCUCCAAUGCUGGACUCAGUCGCUCCUCCACACCCUCCCACAAUACACUGGGAGGCCAGGGCUCCACGACAGAACCUGCUAGUGGCCAGAAACCAGGCUCAAAACUUGUUUAUGUCUUCACCACGGAGAUGGCCAACAAGGCAGCUGAUGCAGUUCUAACUGGCCAUACAGAAAAUAUCAUUGCCUUCCACAUGAAAAACAUCUCCAACAGCAAGGACAAAGCUCACCUCCUCCUGAACAAUGCAGCAAGCGCUCUCCGAAAUGACUCGAAGCCUCCCCAGCAGCCCCCAUCCCAUGCCCAAGAUCAGAGCCACCAGCCUGGAUCCAAGCCGUCCUUACCUGGCAUGGCAGAGCCAGCCCCAUCCCAGCCUUCAAACCAAGGGAGCCAAUCGGUUGUUCUUCCACAGGAAGGGUCAUCCGCUGCAGGCAUGGAAUCCAAAAAUCUUCCUGGCAGUAGUCCCAGUAACACUACAGCUACAGUUGACCAAGCCCCUGUCACCCAACCUGAGGCAGGCCUCAACCCUCCAACAGCAGGUGAAGGAGGGCAGGGUGGAGGCUCUGGUGGAGCGGGUCUGACACCUCAGCAGCAGCAACAACAGCAGCAGCUGGCCCAGGAGCUGUUGAACAUGGAGGCCAACACAGAGGGUCUGUCCCAAGAACAGUUGGAGCAUCGGCAGCGCUCCCUGCAGACCUUGCGAGAUAUCCAGCGCAUGCUUUUCCCUGACGACCGUGAUGCCCCACCAGCUGGUCCCCCACAGACCCAUGGUGGACCCCACGAUGGAGGACCUGAUGGUGCACCCCGGAGGUCUGAGCAGGGCCCCCUACAGGCUAUGAUGGCACAGUCGCAGAGCCUCGGGCCACCAGGUGGGCCAGGAGGCCCUCGUCCACAGGGUCCACCAUUUGGCCCACCCCAUGGUCCCAGGGACAUGCCUCCAUUUCCACAAGAUGAAAUGGGUCCACAUAUGGGGGGUCCAGGGGGCUGUGGAGAAGGAGAUCAGAUGACCCCAGAACAGGUGGCUUGGUUGAAGUUACAACAGGAGUUUUAUGAGGAGAAGAGGAAGAAACAAGAAAUGCAACACCGGCCACUUCCCCCAGAUAUGAUGAUGCACCCACAUGGUCCACGUGGCAUGAUGCGAGGGCCCCCGCCUCCCUACCAGAUGGGCCCAGGAGAGAUGUGGGGAGGACCAGGUGGUCCACCAGAGCACUAUCAGGAACGCAUGGGCAUGGGCCCUGGCCCCAGAGGUAUGCCACCACAUAUGCAGAGGAUGCCUGGGUUCUCUGGAAUGAUGAACCCUGAGAUGGAGGGACCCCCAAGACCUGGAAUGGGCUGGCCUGAUGACAUGCCUCCCCGGAUGGGAGAUGCACGCGGCUUCCCUGGAGGACCUGGGGGAAUGUUUGCUGGUCCUGGGGGUCGUGGUGAGCGUUUCCCAAAUCCUCAGUCAGUCCAAGAGGCAAUGUUCCACCAAGGAAUGGCUGGAGAGAAGGGCCUCCCUCCUGGGAUGAUGAUGGACAUGCAAAGGAUGAUGGGGCAUCAAAGAGGUGGAAUGGAACCUGGGAACGGAAUGGGCAUGUUUCCCAGAAUGCCUGGUGACGGUCCUAUGAGUCCAUCAUCUAGGCUCCAAGGAAUGGGGGGUAGGGAAAUGGGGCCUGAGUUUGGCAUGGGUCCUGGCCCUGGGCCAGGACCUCAUAUGCACCCUUCCAAAAUACGAGAUCCUUCCAUGAAUAUGAGUCCAGACGAGAUGAUGAGAAUGAGAGCAGGUGGAGGACCUCCAAUGGAGAACAUGGGUCCACAAGGCAGGCCCAUGCAGGGUCCUGUCUUCCCUGAGCAGACACAGCCAGGAGAGUUUCCUAUGGGGCCUGGACGGCCCUUCCCAGGGGGUCCUGGAGGAAUGAGGGGUCCACAUGUAGAGCAAGCCUUUGGUCCAGAGCACAGAUCUACACCAACAGGAGGUAAUGGCCGUAUUAACCACCUCCCCUCUGCUGGUGGCCCUUCACAAGGUCAGCGGGGCCGCAAGCCAGCAGAUCUGAAUGUCCAAGCAGGAGGCGGGAACUCUCCCAGUGUCAACCCACUUAAGUCCCCACCUCUGAGGCAAGUGCAGUCCCCCAUGAUGGGAUCUCCCUCGGGAAACCUUAAAUCCCCUCAGACACCGUCCCAGCUGGCUGGCAUGCUCACUGGUCCCACAGGCCCCAAUGCCCCUCCAGCUCCUCCAGCUUCAGCACCAAUGAAGUCCCCGCACUCCAUGAUGGGAUCAGCAGGUGCCUCUCCUGUUCAUAUGAGAUCUCCCUCUCUUCCUAACCCCUCCCCAGGAUGGGCCUCCUCACCAAAACCACCCAUGCAGAGUCCUGGAGUACCACCUCAGGGUGGCAAGCCUCCCCUCAGUAUCACCUCACCAAACAUGAUGGGGAAUAUGGAGCAAGGUGGUAAUGGUCCUCCCUCAGCCCCUCCUUCAUCAGGGGCUCCAUCUGGCUCCAUGUCGCUCCCAGGCAACGUCCCGUCUGGCAGUCCAUACACCAUACCCCCUGAGCCAACACUAUCCCAGAACCCUCUCUCCAUCAUGAUGUCACGCAUGUCCAAGUUUGCAAUGCCCAGCUCUACCCCACUCUACCACGAUGCCAUAAAGACCGUUGCCAGCUCCGAUGACGACUCACCUCCGGCUCGCUCCCCUAACCUGCCCUCAGUGAAUAAUAAUGGUAUGGCAAUGAACCACCAAGGCAAUCCACGUAUGAUGGGACCUGGAAAUGCAGGACCCAUGCCUGCCCUCAGCCCUCUGGGUAUGAAUCCAAUGGGAUCCCAGCCCCUCUCCCAUGGCAUGCCUCCGCAGAUGCCCUCUCCCAAUGCCCCUAAUAUGGGCCCAGGCAUGAUGCCUCAUGGUAUGAUGAUACCACCAAAUCCACAAGAUCCUGGUAUGGCAAACCCUCAAAUGAUGCCCCAGGGACGCAUGGGUUACCCUCACCGAAGCCAGGGAUACCCCCUCACCCAGUCCCCUUCCCAGCAAGGCCCCUUCUCCCCACACAACGGUCCUGGUCCUCAAGGUUUCCCUGGCCAUCCUAUGGGCUUCCAGGGAGAAGGUGGACCUAUGGGAGGACGGAUGGGGAACAUGCCUCAUGGGGGAGGGGGUGAUGGGGGUAUGUGCAAGCCAAAUACCCCUGGAGGGCCAGAGUUCAACAACAUGCAAGGUGGAUUCAGUGAUGCAGACCUUCAUGAGGUGAUGAGGCCGGGAGCGUCCGGUAUUCCUGAGUUUGACCUGUCCAGGAUAAUCCCAUCAGAGAAGCCCAGCCAGACUCUGUCUUACUUCCCCCGAGGUGGAGGAGACAACCCUGGGGGGAAACCACCACACCCCUCUGGAUUCCCCAUGCAGGGCAUGAUGGGUGAUGGCCCACCAAGGAUGGGAAUGUCCAUGCAGGGGAUGGGGGGGAUGCCAGGGGGGCCUGGCGGGGGAAUGGGCCCACAAGACAUGCCAAUGGGCAACCCUGGCCACAGCUCGAUGCGGCCACCAGGAUUCAUGGGCCAAGGCAUGAUGGGCCCCCAGCAUCGGAUGAUGUCCCCUGGGGGUCCGGGAGGGAUGAUGCAGGGGAGACAAAUGGCCCACCCAGGCCCUGGUGGCUCACCUAACAUGAUGAUGUCACUGCAGGGCAUGGGCGGCCCCCCACAGCAGACAAUGAUGAUGGGGGGUCAGAUGAGGCCACGUGACAUGGACAUGGGAUUCAGUCCGGGCCCUGGAAUGUUCUAAUCCAACAGAAACCUUGUAUCUAGAAUGUUCUUGGACAAAAUGCAAGGCUGGAGUAAAGAUCAUGGCAUUUAGAGAGUGUUCGGAAAACUCUGAUGGACUCAAAGAAAGGAAGUAUAAUACGAAACAGUAAUGUCCUGUGGGAACUAUUCCAAUGGAGACUCGGACAAGCCCAGAUUGGAGUACUUUUGCCACAAGAACAUUUAAUUUUGACUCAUGAACUUCAGAAUGUAUGGGAUUGUUGUGCAUCAAUUUCGCAAAACUGUUCUUGUGUUUUUUGAUUAUCUGACUAUAAAGAUGACUUCAUCGUCAAAGAGGAAUCAACCUAACUAAAAGUCAGCGUGGAGAUGCUACAGUAUAUGUCUACUUUUUUCAAAUUUAAAAAAACAAAUUUGUCAUGAAAGUGGUAUGGAACAAGAGAAAGGAAGAAGAAGAAUUUGUGCUUUGUGAAGACUUUAGUGGAACUCCAUCUUGUCUCUCGCUCCAUUGUUUUGACUGUUUCUGUACAGUAUAUACGUGUGAGAGUGCGUAUGCGUGCUUGACAGACUGUAUGUUUGUGUGGUAUGUAUGUAUGUGUCUGUAUGUAUAGGCAUUCUAUCAGUGACCUCUCAACUCCUCUUACCCAACUUUCAUUGGGGGAGGAAUGCCCCCUAAAAAUACUGUACUGUUUACCAUUGGUGGGCUAUUCGAAUUUUAGUCUAUUUUAAUUUCCUUUGUAACUCCAGUGUAUAACAAACCAAACUAUGACCUCAUUAAGAUAAUAGUAUUAUUAAAAAAGCACAAACAUGGACCGUCUGCAGAAAGCGUCUUCUUUCUCUAUUUUUACCAUUGAGAGCAACACAUUAAGUGUGAGGAUCCUGGCAGCUUUGCAGCACAAUGAUAAUCUUCAGUCCAUUUCAAGUUGUGGAUGAUAUUUGACUUCGUGCUCCAAAACUUUCAGGACUCAACUUUCGCCAGCGUGAAUAAUACUGCUAAUACCCAGAUGUGCUAUGUGUGUUCUUCUUGUUCCUGUUGUGUUCCUGUUUUGUUUUGACUCUCUUGUUGACUCUGGGUAAUAAUCAUUCCCACAGCAAUAAACCCCCAAUGGUCAGCAGAAUGGGACAGGAGUGGCCGAAUGCCACAGCAGGUAUGCCAGGUAUUAUAGAACUAGAGUUAGGUAGAUCUGGUAAAAUUUAGUAGGGCAGGUGUGGUGUCCAGAGUGAGACACACUGAAAUGUAAACACGUACUGCUUACCAUCCAGUUGACUUCCUCUCUUUUCUCUAUUGUAUAAGCUUGUCAUGUGUUUCUCCAUUGGCUUUGGUGCAGAAUAGCCUACCAGGGCUGUGGUGAUGGACUACAAAUAAAAGAUAUUGUUUUGGUAUAUA